AUGUGCAAGGACGCUCAUACAGGGUCUCCUGCAGUUCUCACUGGUGGCUCUCUUCGAAGAGAUGCUGAAGCCGAGAAGCAGUCACUGCAGUCUCAAGCCAGUGAGCUAGCGGCCAAGUUGGCCGACGCCACCCUCCAGAUGGACGAUACGGCGGAUCAACUCACGAAAGCACAGGAAGAAAUAAGCUCUUUACGCGCGGAGCUGGAAAGGUCUCAAGAGGAGACGGAGGAUCUUGUUCGCCAACUGGAAAGUAUGAAGAAGAGUCUGUCUGACGCCAGAGUCGAACUACAAAUGGAGGAAAACGAGCUAAAGAAGGAGAUGUCUACACUUAAGGAGGUGAUUAUAGAGAAAGAUCGAGAACUGGCAGAGCAGCGGGAGCGGCUGUCUACCAUGGAAGACAGCUACGCGCAGAUACGCCUCGACGCCGACCAUUCUACAGUGAACCUGCUGAGGAAGGCCCGGCCCGAUCCGAGCCCGAAGCUCAUGGGCCCGAGCCAGGCCCCGGCCCUACCCGGCCCGGGCUUUUGGGCCUGCCCUGGCCCGUGCAGUGCUCGCCCGGCCCGACCCGAGCCCGAAGCUCAUGGGCCCGAGCCAGGCCCUGGCCCGACCCAGCAAUGCCUUACCCGGCCCUACCAGGCCUGCGAGCCGGGCCUGGCCCAGGCCCGUGCAGUGCUCGCUCUGGAGGAACGUGAGCGGCAAGUGAAACAGCUGUCACAGUCCCUAGAACAGGCGACUCGUGACUUGGAAGACCAGAGCACCAUAAUCGAGGCACUGCAAUUUGAGCGCCAACAGCGGGACGAGGAGAACCAGGACGGGAGACCGAUGGCGAGGCGGGGAGGCCGUUGGCUUGACCUGCAAGGAAAGCUUCGAGAAAAAAGCUUGCUCCUGAGGAGUGUCCAGUCUAUGCUGAGCAAGGUGGAAGAGGAAGCCCGACAGAAGGACAAGCAGCUCGCGGAAGCUGUGGCCACAGCACGGAAAUAUGAGCUGGGCGAGUAUGGACUAUCGGAUGCUGUUGCCGAAAUCAGAGAUCUCAAAAGGCAGUUGGAAAUUCGUGACAGGUUACAGAACAUUGCACAACCAUUCAUUUUCAAUGCUUGUGAGCCACUGCCAUAA